AUGGCUGGUGCUUUCUUUCCCCCUACCUCCCCGUCCUCGGUUCGAUCGCUUACAUGUCAUGGUUGGGAAACAGAUGCUGGCAUCGACUCUCCUUACCGAACUGGACGUCAUGUCCCAUUGAACCGGAACUCCGGUCUCGCGGGCGUUACUACCGCCUCCGACUCGCGUGCCGACAUCAACUCGCCCUACCUUCAAGGAGAUGGCCGUGGUUCUACCAUGAGCUUCGACACGGCGUACGGCGGACGCGCCAUAUCUCCCAUGCCGAGUCCCGCCAACGGUGGCCCCUAUUCGCCCGGCCUAGUGAGCCAACGACAGUCCGUCCACCAGGACGCAUUCGAUGUACACAGCCCAACCGGCGAGAUUCCCAUGCAGAACUUCCAAAAUGGCGGUCCGCCUCCUCCACCAGUCGCCAGCUCCUGGGAGAAAAUUGACAGAUGGGCCGAGGAAAACUACCCCGAGUUGUUCGACCAACUUGGCGAGGGCUGCACCGUCAACGAUCUGAACGAACUCGAAUACCAGCUUGAUUGCACCCUUCCCCAAGAUCUCAGGCAAUCCUUGCAAAUCCACGACGGCCAGGAGCGCGGUGGUCUUCCCACUGGCAUUAUUUUCAGCUCCAUGUUACUCGACUGCGAAGAGAUGGUUCAGGAGUGGGAGAACUGGAAGACGGUGAACCAAGAGUUUAUGCUGGAUCCCGUGCUCGUCAAGCGACAAUCUCAGGCAUUUGCCGCUCAGGCCUCAUCAUCAAAAGAUGCCCCUAACCGCAACCAAAACUGGCGACAAGAACUCCUCAACAAGCAGGAUUCCGUCCCCCCAUCCGCGAUUCAGAAGGCGUAUGCGCACCCUGCCUGGAUUCCUCUCGUUCGUGACUGGGGCGGCAACAACUUGGCUGUCGAUUUGGCGCCUGGACCAAAGGGCCACUGGGGUCAGAUCAUCCUCUUCGGUCGCGACUACGAUACAAAGUACGUCGUGGCCCGCUCGUGGGCGCACUUUCUUGCCAUGGUUGCGGAGGAUCUCAGCAGUGGGAGGUGGUUUGUCGAUGAGGACACCAACGAGCUCAAGCUGCGUGAGUUUAAGGCGACCCGUGUUGAGCCGUCUUAUUUCGAGAUUCUGAGGUGGAGAAUGGAUCAGAAGUAUGGCCGCACAGCCAACAAGCGCAAAUCCAUGGCGCCUUCCAUGGCGUCGGCUUCCGGCAUGCGCUCUCCCCCCACUCCCGGCUCUCCUUACCAAAGCCCAACAGAGCACAACGAGCCUCGUGGCCGGUCGCUACACCGUCUCACUGGCACUUCACCCAUGUCGAGUCCCAUCCGACCAGGUUACGGAAAGCCAAGCCCAUUGGCGCGCGUUGCUGAGGAGGCACCCCCCACAACAUCUCUCACGGCUAGCAACGCUUCCCUCGAGGCCAAAGCCGCCGACAACUUGAUGGAGUUGAACACCCCAAGGACAAGCGGAGAGCAUAGCAAGGAGGAUAUCAAGGUCAAUGAGGAUUCUCCCGCCAAGGAAAGGACAAGCGAGGAUAAGGAGAAGAAGCCUGAAACCGAGGCGAACGGAAAGGCGACGGAGUCAAAGGGCAAGCAAACGACAGUCGAAGACGCCGAGGACAUGAAGGAUAUUGAGAUUUGAAAGGGAACAAAUCGAAGCGACCCAACGAACUCGUCAACUCAGGGGUCACCAUUGAGUAGCUGGCCCAGCAAACUGCUUCCUCACCAUGCGCAGGGCACGGAGUCAGACAAGGUGUAAUGUUUCUCCCUAAUCUGAUAUCUUGACGCCUCCUCGAGUCAGCUGUCCUCUCUUAGCCGAAUAUAAGGGCCAUCGCAUGAUGAAGGGGCAGGUCACGAAUCUUUCUCUUCCAAUUACUUCUUCCUCGCCACCAUACGAUUGGUCUCUAUCGUCUAAUCGGGUUCUUUCAUGAUGCGGAGGUUUUCCCUGCGUUGUCCUCUCGCCUGUUUGGCCAAGGAGAGGGGGUUUUCGAGGGACAAUCUCGUUGCAUCGCCGAAGUUUGAAUAUUGUAUGUACACUAAAAGGGGAUCAUUUUGACUUCGACUGGUGGGUGGGACCUUGUUGUGGUCUGCCCGACGCCGCCCGCAGAAGACAUUUUCAGCUUUGCACUAUUGUUUACUAUUACACCGCAUAGCGUCAUAAUAACUCUUUCUGUCUUUAUUUUC